CAGGCCAGCCCACUGUGAAAAGGCCGACAGAGUGGCUCAAGCACAGUUAACACCGACGCGGGCCCUAGAGCGCAGCUGAGCUUAACUGAUCCCAAACCAGUUUCAGUAUUGUUCGACCUUAACACCAGUUUAAAGGGUUUUCUCUGCUUGCUCUUGAAGAUCUUAGAUUCUCUCUUGCCUCCAUUUUUCCAGAAUGUUCAAAAAAUUUUCCUCUGAAGAGGUGUCUGCACAAAACCAAGUUAAGGCAUCUGUCCAGCGCAAAAUUCGCCAAAGUAUUGCCGAUGAGUACCCCGGACUCGAACAAGCAUUGGAAGAUUUGCUACCAAAAAAAUCUCCUCUAAUUGUGGCUAAAUGUCAGAACCAUCUAAAUUUAGUUGUGGUAAACAACGUGCCACUAUUUUUCAACAUUCGUGAUGGACCAUAUAUGCCUACCCUAAGGCUCCUUCAUCAAUGGAAAACCAGCUAUUUUGUGGACUUCUUGCUAUUCUUGGGGGAGUUGGAAUUUGAGAUGAGUCCUACUCUAGUGGAAAGCCAAGGACAACUGAAAAGUGAGCUUCAGGCAAGACCUGCAGAUCCAGAUAUAAUGAAAAAGUUGCAAGUAGAUAGGGGUGCCAUAAAGUUUGUUCUUGCUGGUGCAAACAUAAUGUGUCCAGGUCUGACUUCUCCCGGCGGUGCUUUGGAUGACACAGUGGCUGCAGAGACUCCUGUGGCAAUAAUGGCAGAAGGAAAGCAACAUGCUCUUGCCAUUGGCUUCACAAAAAUGUCAGCAAAAGAAAUUAGAGAUAUCAACAAGGGAAUUGGAGUUGACAACAUGCAUUAUCUUAAUGAUGGUCUUUGGAAGAUGGAACAUCUAGAUUGAGGAUAUUGAAGACUAACUGUGAUAACAUCAACAAGAAAUGAAGCAUUUAUAUUAUGGUUUCAUCAAUGUGGUGUGGAUUUUCCUGUUUAAAAGUCAUAUGUAUACCCCAUCUUUAUUUACUUGUUUUGUCUUUGUAUGUGGAGUGAUCAUCUUUAACAAACAGUUCAUCCUUUAAUCGAAUUCAUGGUAAGAUGGUCAUAUCCAUUUUGUUAUACAGUUAAAAGGUAUUUUUCGUGUGUAAUGUAAGAUGGUGAAUUCUCAACUCUCAAGUGGCUGUUCUUCAGCAAAUCCGUAUCGAGCCUGUGUUUAUCAAGUCUCAUCCGAUCAGCUUUUAAA